AUGUCUUUCAACAACUUUGACGUGGAGGCACAAACCCAGCGAACCAGACCUGAGACGCUGGGGCUCGACCAGACCCUUGCUGUGGCAUCGUCGCAGCUCGCAGCCUUUGCCACGAGCAUUGCAUCGCUCGGCCAGCUCAUCGGCCAGAUUGGUAGCCCAAAACGCGACAGCACCGCGCUCCGCAUACGCAUUGAAGGGCUCGCGAAGGAGUGUAGCCGGGGCGAACUCCUCACCAAAAAUGCCCUUCACACGUUGGCCAACCAACUCGAGCCUGCCGACGCACAGCAGCGGUUCACGGAGGAAAAGUUGAAGCGCGAGUUUGGCGGGUUGGUCCAUGUGUUUAACAAGGUCCAGAACGAUUAUACGGACCGAAAGCAGGCGUAUCCAUUGGUGGAGACAGUUGUAGAGCCCGUGCGUGAAUCGGAGCGCGCGCCGUUGAUCCAGCAGCAAGUCCAGAUGUACACCGAAGUUUCCGAAUCGGAUCUCCUGUACCAGUCAGCAUUAACCGAGGCACGUGAGACAGAAAUUGGCAAGAUCCAGACUGGUAUCCAGGAGGUCAACACCAUUUUCCGCGACCUUUCGCAGUUAGUCAAACAGCAGGGCGAGUUGGUGGAUACGGUGGAAGGCAACAUGGGCGCGAUCGCUCUGAACACUGCAGACGCGAGCCACGAGUUGACGCGCGCGGAGACGUACCAAAAGGCGCGUGGCAGAUGGUGCUGUUUCUUGUUGGUGUUUCUCGCGGUGAUGUUGGUAGUGAUCCUUGCCAUUUUGAGCUGA